AUGGGUUCCAAGCCCGACCAAGCCGCCGCCAGCGACAACAGUGACAUGGUCAUGGUCAACAUCCAGGACUUCACGCGAACGCGCGACUCGGUUCUCUUCGCUUUGACCGCCCUUCAAUCUGCUGUCUCCGAUCUCUCCAAGGCCUACAUCAACCACUCCAACACCGUCCUAAACCGCGGUUCAUCUACUCUGGAUCUCGGUUCCAUCACAUCCAACUUACUUGAAAAUGGCCUCCUCUCGCUCCCCGUGCGUCCGCAUACCCCUGCUGCCGAAGGAGAAGUCAAGAAGAAGCGCAAGCGCGCACCUCCUGACCCAAAUGCGCCCAAGCGUGCACUAACCCCGUACUUCCUGUACAUGCACCACAAUCGCCAGAAAAUCGCAGAUGAGUUGGGUCAGAACGCGCGACCAAAGGAUGUCGCCGAUGAAGGUACCAAACGCUGGGCAGCUCUGGACGCUCAGGAGAGAGAGGUCUGGCAAACCCUAUACAAGGAAAAUCUUGUCGUCUACAAAGCCAAAAUGAAGGCCUACAAGGCGGGCUUGCCGGUUCCAGAAGAUGAUGCCGCGAUUGAUGCUGCCGCUGCGCAGCAACAGUUACAUGAGGGAGUUCGUCAAGCUACGGACGAGCGCUCUUCUGACGACUCAUCAUCGUCUGGUUCCGAUUCCUCCGAAGAAGCAACCCCAGAACCUGUGCGCGAACCAACGCCGCCUCGCUCAUCCAAGCGACGCCGCACUGCUGAUUCCAAGGCUAUGCCACCGCCUGCUGCCUCUCCACCACGGACCGCAUCUUCAAAGAAGCCGUCCCCUGAAAAGAAGAAGAAGACUAAGGCUGCCGCCGAGGAAAAGAAACGCGCGCCGCCCGUCGUUGAGACACCAAAGAGUGAGAAGAGAACCCGCAAGAAGCGCAAGAGCGAGUCGGCCGCAAGCCACGAAUAA